GAUGGACUUGAACUUUUAUAUUUUACAAAAAAAUCAGUAAAAACCAUCAGCUUAAGUUUUGAUAAAUUGUUAAGGCUUUAUCAAAAGUAUGACGAAGUAAUUGAGGAUUAUGAUGAUGUUAGGAAAGUAAACAGCUCCAGAAAUCAAUUGCUGUACUCGCGAGAUUAUAUAAAUAAAAUUACUACAACACUUGAUACUGUUCAGACUUUAAGACACGAAUUAGAAAGUUCUGAUGUAAAUUUACUUCAAGUUCAUACCAAGCUGGGCCAGUUGGAAAGAAUUAGAGACGAACUUUUAUACACCGCCAAAGACGAUCCCGAGCAGCGACGCUAUUUAUCUUCUUACUUUCAUCCCGUUAAUGAUUUGUGUAGCAAACUUGAAAGUAUCAUGUGGACUUUCCUUUCGAACCUUAUCGAACUUUGCAGUACGGCGCCACGCUUUAUAGUGUCCAUCAUGCUUAUCGUGCAAAGAGAAUGCGCAAUAGAUAAAGAGGUCACUAUUCCCGAUCUCAAAAUUGAUACUUCCAGCAGACCAAAGAAUUAUAAAACAAAAGCCACUUCUGUUAUACUCAAUAGCAUUUCCACGAAGUUUGAAACGUUUUUACUUUCAGAUAAUAAUAAUAGUAGUACACUUCAAAGUCUUAAGGAAACUAUAGAAAAAUUACGUUUUGUGUUUAAGGACUUGGAAAUUGUGCAAACGCACGCCGUUAAAUGCAUGCCUCCAGACUUUGCAAUAUUUGAUAUGUACUUGGACAACUAUAACGAACGUGUCCGCACUUUGCUACGGCGCUUCACUGAACCUCCUCUUAUCAAUUCUCUCGAUACUUCUGAUAUUUGGCUUCUAAUGAAUUACGUUGAUCAGUACGUAUACGAUAUGCUUCAUCGGCUGAACGUUCCUCUUGCGAGAAUUGAGCCUUUAAUCCUCCAAGGAAAGGAUGAAUUGUUAAACAACUUGUAUACGGCACAAGUAAAACUAAAAAUGAAAACGUGGACAAAAAAUUUAUUAAAUUCAGAGCAUGAAGAGUGGUUUUCAGGUAAAAGAAAACAUGAGGAACCUGAAAAAAAUGAAAAAGGGCAGUACAUAUCGAGCCUUCCGGUAGUACUUUUCCAAAUGAUCGAACAGCAAUUAAGCGUUGCUUCCAAAACGAAACGUUCUACUUUUAAAGGUUUAGUCCUUCAAGAAUGCAUCGAAGCUUUAUUUUAUUUUCAAGAAAACUUUGAACAAAUGAUUCGCCAACAAGGAGAGCGAUUUCUAAAUGAUGAGCCCAAUAACGAGUUUUUUAAUGAAUAUAUGAUGAUUGUUGUGAAUAACUGCUGUAAAUGCACACAAUACGCACAACAUCUCGCCAUUAAUUUGCUGGAAGAACUCGAUUUUUCUACUCGAGACCGAACCAAAACACGAGUGGCCAAUGUCGUUAGAGGAUUUCAGAAGCUUGCCCAAUCAGCUUAUUCAUUUCUUAUAAAAGUUAUUCUGAAAGACUCGCAGGACUGCUUCUCUUCUUUCUUUACGAAAAACUGGUACUCUAAAACUUCUCAAGACUUGGAAACUAUUUUACUUACAACUGAUGAUUAUUUUCAGGACUUCCAAGCCCAUAUGGUUGAAGAUAUGUUCAUUCAAUUGGCGAACUGAUGGAAAACGACAUGAGAAAACUUAAUAAACUU